GAAAAGUAAAAACUCGAAAAAAAGGAAAAAAAAAAAAAACAAUGCCAGCAUCAACAUCCAUAAAGGUGGAGAAUUUGGAACCUGCCUUGAAAAGGGUAAGAUAUAAUGAGUACGUGGAUGUGGAGGAAGAUGCUGCAUUUAAUCGAUUAAUGAUGGAACUACAAAACCAAAACCAUUUACAACAACCUUCAAAUAAUUUAAGUUAUCCCACACCACCACCACAACAACCUCAUAAUCAAUAUAAUCAAAGAGUGAAUCAGCCAAUUCAACAUUAUACUAAUGUUAAUCGUGCUACUAUAAAUGCAUUCAAUAAGCAAUAUACUUAUCCCAAUGGAUCAAUUAAUACCAAUCAACAACUUUUAAAUAAUCCUAAUUCGGAAGAUCUUCUUAAUGAUGAAAUCAAUCGAGUUUUAUUAAACUUGAAUGAAUUUAAUGAUUCCAACACUGCAUCAAACUCUUCAAAAGAGUUACCUAAAAAUUUAGUCAUGGUAUCCAAUCAAAUACCAAAUAGUCAUAAUCCUUCCAAUCAUGCAUAUAGUUCACUAGUGCAUUCUUAUGGAGGAGAACAAAACGCUAGCAUUCCAAUUCAUAGUAGCCAUAAUUCGAAUAAUGAGUUAUCAGCACUCUCAUCUUCAGCAUCUCCUUCGAAUUUAUCUCCUUUUGAUUCUCCGGAUACAGUUACCAGCAGUGUAUCUUCUCAAGAAGAUGAAACUAAUAAAAAAUAUAAAAAUUCAAAAAAUGCAACUCAAGAAGAAAAAAAUUCUUCUUCGUCGGUUAAUAUGUCAACUAUUACUAGUAUUAAAAAUUCAAUGAUGAAUACUAGUAAAUUGAUGUCAACGUUCACCACUUUGAAAACAACAUAUCUUAAACUUUGUAAAGAGUUCAAUUACUUAUUGGGUAAAUUUAACGAUAAUGAACGAAUCAAAAUAGAGCUCAUAAACGAAAAUAACGAGUUGAAAAGUUUAUUAAUGGAUAUCAUAACAAAACGUGAAUUAGAAAGAAAAUCUUAUAAAAAAUUACAAUCUUAUAAUACUCCGGAAAUCAAACUGGAGUCCGAGUAUUUGAACGAAAGCAAGUCUAGAAAGAGAUCGGCUUCUUCCCGUUCAUGAUACUCCAUCCUUCUUUCUUUUUUUCUGUUGCGUUUCUUUUGGUGAGGUCUAUAUUAUUUUCAGUGUGUUGUUCCUUUUGUUUGUUACUAUAUAUCUUUUGUUCCGGGUGCCUUCUUCAAGCUUUGCAU